GGUUCCGUGGUAGUUGAAAAUAACAUUUGGAUAUGUAUCAUCAUGAAUCAAUAUAUUUUGGUUUGUUACCAUCAAUUUUAGUCUUAUAUUUGCGAGGUUUUAGUAACGUCAAUUGCGAUUACAAUGAAUUGAGGCGUCCAUACAGAAUGAUUGGAGAUCUGGAUGUAACUAGAACAGUGGUGCCCUAUUCACUCGUACAUUCCACAAAAAGUUCGGACAUACAAAAUCUAAUUUUUAAAAAUGCAAACGCAAGAGAAGUGAGGUACAGAACGAACAGGGUUGAAAGAAGCCAAAUAAACCAAAGAAGUUUAAACGUUUAUUGGCGCAGCCAAAUGAAUGACGAGUUCGCCAAGAAAACGGAACAAGCACGACAGAAAAAAAUGGAAAUGGAAAGGAAAAUAUUCAAUCCACAAAAAAUAAAGAGUAAAACAGUAGAAAAAGAAAAACAAAAAGAGAUAGAUAGACAACGAGAUAAACUGAGAGACAAGAAAAUGGCCAAGAUAAAUGUUAUUGGAAAACGCGCACUCAGUCAAAAAUCAAGUUAUAAUAUCAGUGUGUUGAGAACACCCAUAAUUUUGAAUCAGCAAGCGGGAGAAAAAGGACUAGGUAAUGCUAGUUACAGCAGUAGCAUCGUAGUUGAAAGAACCCUUGCCCCACAAGCAAGAAAUCAGAGUUCGAAUUCCCGCAUACGCAAGUUUUUAACCGACUACGAAAAAAGGAGGAGGUUCUCAGUUCGACUCCCAAACAGAUUAAACAAUCACAUUGGAAUCGUAAACGUAGCAAGUGAGAGCGAACAGAGCGUUAGAGCUAACAGAACAGAAAAAGGCCAUGAAAUCCAAAGAAGUACCGUCGUACAUCGGCGUAGCGAAAUGAAUGACGAAUACGCCAAAAACACGAAACAACCAUUACAGAAACAACAGCAGAUUAAAAGAAAAACACUUAAUUUGCAAAGUCUAAAUAAUCAAAUCGUAGACAAUGAAAAACAAAAAGAAGAACAUCGACAAAGGGAUAACCUGAGAGACGAGAAAAUAGACAACACUCAACAAUCACAUGGGCAAAGUACACCUUCAAUUUUGAGUCACCAGAAAGAGAAAGAAGAAAGACAGCAGGCUAGCACUAGCCACCAACCACUAAGUAAGAAUAUCAGUUCGCCGAGAAGACCUUCAAUUUUGACUCAGCAAAAAGGAAAUGACGAACUGGGUGGAUCUACUAAAGCUGCAGAAUAUAUAACACAUACUGCAAACACGCUUGGUGAAUAUAAAACUGAACUAGAGACACUUAACCCUUAUAUUCUAUUAAGUCAGUUAUCUAAAUUGAUGGCUAGUGCAGAAUACACCAAUGUGACUGUAAUGUCUAUUGGUAAAACAACUGAAUACAAGGACAUAGUUCUUCUUAAAGCAGCUGAUAUGCAAAAUCCCCACGGAACUUAUCGAGCCAAAAAGGAUGAACACAUAUACUCUGAAGAUACUCCGGAAAAGAAAAUAAUUUUCAUAGUUCAUGGUUUAACUGUAAUGGGCUUCAAAGAUGUGCCUUGUCUGAUACGAGUUAGAAAUUUUCUACAACUCCUCAAAUCUUAUUUCAAUCAUUUAAACAAAUUUGACAUUUACAUUGUACCUAUGGCUAAUCCCGAUGGAGUGGCGUAUAGUUAUCAGGUUCCUCUUUGGAAUAAAAAUCUAUCACCUCAAGAAGCAUGCCCAGGCGUCGCGCUGGACCGCAAUUUCGAUGUCUUUUGGAACGGCGGGCAUAUUGUGCAAUCCUGUAGCCAACAAUUUCCCGGAGAGUAUCCAUUUUCUGAACCAGAAACCGUAGCAAUCAAAGAGGUGCUUCGUCAGCAAGGUCACAAGGUUGCCGCUUAUAUUCAUGUGCACUCCGGAGGCUUCCACGAACAUAUAUACAAGGGGGACGCAUUACUCUACCCAAAAGGGUAUACAGACGACAAGGCUGAAGACGAUAUAUACAUAGACCUGAAAAGCGAUAUCGAUGACAUGAUAAAGAACGCCAGUUUCAAGGUGAUUUCCUUAUCUACGAAUACUCUCAACGACUGGUAUGGAAAAGUCACUGGCACUAGUGUGGAUUAUGCAACCUCGGUACAUGGUAUUCCUUUCGCGUUCGAGUUCGUGAUGCAAAUAUAUGAUUCAAAUAAAAACACUGAUGCCAAUGGAGAUGAAUUUUCCAAUGCGGCGCAAUGGGAAAUCUGGCAUCGCACAGUUGACGUUGUCUUCAAACAUAUAUUUAGAUCACUAUCGAGCAAGUCAAGUGCCGAUGCCAGAAGAGAAAAUGCUAUUAGAUCGACAUUGCCACCGCAUAUGGGAUUUUAGAGUACAUUAGUAAAUAAAA